GAGAUUUUAUAAAAAUGUAUAUUAAAGCGAUUUUAAAUGCCGUUCGCUAUGCUAAGCGAGUUAAUUUGCCCGUACAAAUGCCAUUAAGUACUUCAAGCAUUCACACAAGCGUGUGCUCCAGAAAGGCAGAAGACCGCAAGGAAAUGUUGGCGUCGCUGCCCGCUAAGGACGAGGGAACUGUUGGCGAAAAGUCUGUGGAUAUUGAUACACUUAUUAACCGAAAGUCCAAGUUCUUUCCCGAUGCAGCCAUAGCCACUCAACUAUUUAAUGGAAUGCCCUUCAACGAGCUGCCCGUUUGCAACAUCCGCGUUUCUCCAAACAACACAAUAAUAUCAGUGACGGACUACAAAGGUGUACCUAGGCUAAUACGUUCUUGCGGUAUAGAAGGAUUUAAAAAUACCAGGAAGGGGACGAACAUUGCGGCACAAGCGACGGCCGUAAGCAUAAGCGCAAAAGCAAUUGAAUUGGGUUGGAAAACGAUUCGAGUGAAGGUUCGUGGCCUCGGACCUGGACGAAUGUCGGCUAUUAAAGGGCUGCAAAUGGGUGGAUUAAAUAUAGUAUCUAUUACCGAUAACACACCAGUUUCAUGGAAUCCACCGCGACCUCGAAAGCAAAGAAGCCUAUAACUUAAAGCCGCUAAAAGCUUAUGUAUGCACACGAAAUAAACUUAAAAUGUCUAAAAAUCCAUAA